AUGAGAACAUUCACAUAUUUAGAUAUUGAACAUCAAGAUUCUCGUUUUGAAAAUAAUGUAAUUAAGGGACGUAUAAUUAUUGGAUUGUAUGAUAAGGUUGUUCCUGUUACAAGUUACAAUUUUGCCAUGAUGUGUCAACAAAAAUUAUUACAAAAUACUAUUUUCCACAGAGUUAUUAACAAAUUCAUGUUACAAGGAGGUGACACUAAACAAGGAACAGGCAUGUCAAUUAUUAGGGAUGCUUUGGGAAAUGUUGUUCAAUUCAAGGAUGAAAACUUUGAAUUGACACACUCUGAACCAUACUUGUUAUGUAUGGCCAACAGAGGUCCAAACACAAAUGGUUCUCAAUUCUUUAUUACAACUGUUAAUACUCCUCAUUUGGAUGGUAAACAUGUAGUCUUUGGUAAAGUUUUACAAGGUAUGGAAAUUGUUGACCAAUUACAAAAAGUCAGAACUUCCACACGUGACAAACCAUUAGAUUCAAUUAAAAUUACAGACUGUGGUAUUAUUCCAGUUGAUGAUUUGAUUUAA